AGUCCCAAUUCCCAAAAUACACGAUUCUAUUUUGCUCUAUCAAGUAGCAGUUCUCCAGCUCCUCACUCCCGAGAUUGAAUUCUACUAGUUUUGUGUCUGGAAAAUGUUCUACAAAAGCAGAAUAAAAAUUGGGUGCUGGCCAUGAACAAAAGGUAAGUUAUGAAAUUUAGCAAUAGCUUCAUUUUGACUGUUUGAGAUUUUAAAUGUCAAUGAUGAUGGAAAUGUGAUAGAAUUCAAAGGAAAUAGAAUGAAGGUAAUAUGAUAGAAGCAUUGCAAUAAUCCCUAAUCCCCAAGUCAUUCAAAGUAUUUGGACCCAACUUUUUGAGAUCACUUGAGCUUAAACCACACUAAACAAUCGCCUACCUGCACCCUUUUCCCCUCUGUUUAUAAAAAUUACAAACAACUUCCCUAUCUAAUUACCAAUAUAUCCUUAAUAUCUUAAAAAUAUUCCUAAUUCUGUCAUAAUAGCAUUAUGAUACGCGAUAACUCAAGCGUGUGGACAAAAAAUGUCUCUAGCCACUUGAACCCAAUCGUACAGUUGGUUCAAUUCGAAUGGAAAAAGUUACACGGAUUACCUUGCAAUCAAAUACCACGAGAUUACGCCUUAUACUCAAGGCCGAAACACUCCAUAAAUUUGGUGACCAACCAAGCUUGAAUAUUUCUCAACAAUACAUCUGAAGUUUUACCACACAAAGAAAUAUACCAAGGGGUUUGUACUUAAGAGAAAUCUCUCAAUUCUAUUUGAAUUUCAAUAAUACAUCUGAAGUUUUACCACACAAAGAAAUAUACCAAGGGGUAGGGGUUUGUACUUAAGAGAAACCUCUCAAUGCUAUUUGAAUUUACUAAAACAAAUCUGUCUUCAAGACUAAAGGGGGCCUACUUAGACUAAGGCCAUCGGCCACACAAGGAAUUUUGCAAAUUAAAAGUAAGAGGGAAAUAAAAGAAUGCAAAAAUUCUUCCCUAAUUCGAAAAUGAUGCUUGUCUAAAAUGCUUAAAAGAAAAUAAUUCUCUUAACAAAAUUACAAGAAUAAAUCUAAAGCAAAUAAUCUAUGACGAAGUAAAAUGUCUUCAAUCAAAUAAGGAAAAUUAAUUCUUCAAAUGACAAGAAUGGGCGGCAAGCAACCGACGUCAGCAAAGGGGCUGGAUGCGCGAGGUUUGAUGGUGCACGAUGUGGGCACUCAUAGGGCAUGUGUGGUGCUGGGCUUAUAGACAAGGCAAGGGUGCGCGUGGGGGUGUGAGCAAACAGUAGGGUAGGCGGGCGAAGAGGGGCUGGCAGGUGUGGGCGUGUGGGCAAGGCAAGUAGGGCGUGCAGGCGGCAUGCAAGUGUGCGGACAAGAGGGGAGGGGAGUGCCCCUAUAAAACCCCCCCUCCUAUUCUUGUUCAGGCAGUGUGGGUAUCGCCUAUCGGGCCUAUGGAUUGGGCCCUUUUCUAUGGGCCCAACUUUUAGUUAAAUUUUUUUUUAACGAUAUUCAUAAAUAUCAUCAAGAUGCCUAUAUUUUCGCGACAUUUUGACGAUAUUUUAAUAUAUCGUCGACAGGGGGAAAAACGAUUUUCUCCAAUGUGUCAAUGUUGAACCCGUCUACAUGUCGACGUGUCGACCGACAUUUAGAAUACUGGUCCACACUAAUUACAUUUUGUGAUAUAUAUUUUCUUAUAUUUUGUCAAAUUUUUUUUGCAAUAUAUGAAAAUAUGUAAAUAUCAAAACCAUCAUGGGUUGUCUCAGUGGUAAAAAAUGGUCAAUGGAAGUUCUAAAAGGCUUAGAGGGAAUAAGUUCAAACUAUGUUGGCCACUUUUCUAGGAUUUAAUAUUCUAUGAGUUCCUUGGCAAUCAAAUGUAGUAAGGCCAGACAGUUAUCUCGUGAUUAGUCAAUGGUGAUUCAUUUUUAAUGGCAGUGUUGAACAAGUGGUCAUGAAAGUAUCAAAAGAAUUGUUUAUGAAUAAUGUGACACUUAGGCUCUAACCAUAGGGCCAUAGGAACCUUCACAAAUGUUCAUUCUGUGCAUUGGAUCAAAAGAAUUUGACUAAAAUGAAUUAUUUAUCAGCACUCAACAUAAUCUAAGUGCUAACACAAAAAAAAAAGUUGUCAAAAUUAUUUUUCUAUCAGAUAGUAUUUUGGAAAAAUUAAAGGAAAAAAUAAAGGUUUUUGCUGCAUCUUUUAGAUAUGGUUUCUCUCUUUGAUCAUUAUGUUUUGUUUCAGGUAAAUCACCUCAGAGAUAACAAGUCAAUGAAUAUUAUUUGUCAUGAAUUGGAUUGUGUAGAUUUAACCAGGAGUAGGACAACAUUACUCAAUGAAACACCUUUUUUCUUUAUUUUAGAUUUUAUAUGGACUUAAUGAAUAUACGCUCGUAUUAUAAAAGAUAUUUGAAAUAGAUGUCCAUAACUUUUUUAUACUACAUAUUCCUUCCCUUUUUUUUUUUGGAUAAAAAGAACUUCAUUAAAAGGAAGCUAAAUGUGAGACAUGUGGGCUCCUGUUUGAGAUACAUCAAGCUCCACCCUUUGCACUAGCUGAAGGGGGAAAUUUUCUAACUAGAGAAUAGAAGAAGACCUACGAACUGCAUUUCUGGCAAGCAAAUGCGUCAAAGCAUUAGAAAUUCUCUGGUGAUACACAGAAUUUAUCGAUUCAAAAUGUGCAGCAAUUUGUUGGAUGUCCAGGAACCAGGUUUUCGCUUCAUUUUGCCAAACCGUUGUGCCAUUGAUGGCCCAAAUUGCUUCCGGAGAGUUUGAUUCAACAACAAUCCACGACACUUGCAAAUGUUUGACCAGUCGCACACCCUCUCGAAUUGCAAGGACUUCUGAUAGAAGAGGGGAGAGCUGUUCAUGGGUAGACAUCAUAGUCGCCACAAUUCUGUUUCUGCUGUCGUAGAGGAUGACCCCAUACUCGAUUGCUGAGAAUGAGAAUUGCAAACUGCUUCAGUAUUCACUUUGAUGACUCCCUGAUUUGGAAGCUGCCAAUGUGGACAGUGAGGCCGCCCAACAAAUUAUACUGGCCAUCGUGAUCUCAAUCGAGUCAGAGAAGUCAUGAAAUACCCCAGCGAUCAAUGAAACUAUUACUAACAUCUGUGCCAAUAUCUGCCGGGAGCAGGAGCUUUUGCUAGAUCUGUUUAGCUCGCUUGCAUCUUAGCAGCAUAUUCGAUUUUGCCUUCUUCAAGCAAAAGGGCACAAAGGAUCAUAAUGGAACACACUCUAAAGGUCAGUGAAGCAGAUCGCUUUCCGGCCCAAGUCACAAGCUUGUCCCACCUCAGCACUACGAACAAGAUUAUCAAUCAGAAGCUUACUCCAACACAACUUGACAUGUUCAGGAAAAGAACAAUAUUUGGUCGUUUCGUGGACCUCGAUAUGAUGUUUUGCAGUGCUUUGGUGCAUUACUUCUUGCUGAGGGAAGUCGUGGACACGAGGCCAGAUGUGAUGAGAUUUGAUAUCUUAGGAACCAUUGUGACAUUCUCAAAGGCUGAAUUCCUACUUAUGACGGGUUUAUGGCGGUCAUCUGGUAGGGUCCUUCAAAAGAAGGUGUCCAAAAAUCGCCUCCGAAGAGAGUACUUCAAAGAUGUUGUUGACCUCCGGCUCGAAGAAUUUGAACAGGAAUAUAAGAAGAUUGUUUUUGCGAAUGAUGACGAUGCUGUGAAGGUGUCAUUAAUCUACUACACUGAAAUUGUAAUGAUGGGUAAGAACAAGGGGAAAUCCAAUGUAGACAAAGAUUUGUAUGGUCAAGUCGAGGAUUUGGACUACUUCAACAACAUGGACUGGGGAACCACUAUCUGGCAAAGAACACUAAAAGGCCUCCAGAGUGCAAUGAAAGACAAAGUUGUUAACUACAAGAAUAAGGUCACUACAAAUAAGAAAUUUCAAGUUAGGUAUAGUCUCACGGGAUUUCCUGUUGCAUUCCAGGUUUGGGCAUACGAGAUCAUACCAUCUCUUAUGAGGAAUGGUGUGAAUAGGCUGAGCGAUACAGCUAUGCCACGCAUCUUUAGGUAUUCAUGUUCCCAAUCAAUCACAAGCAAAGUGCUAGAGCGUGAUGUGUUCAAUUCAUCUGAGCUGACGAUUACUCAUCCACUCGUGGAGUCUGAGGCAGAACGGUUGUAUCGGGAGGCUCCAUUCGAUGGAAGAGCUGCAAUGGAGGAGAAUACAACAGGGGGUAGAAUCUCAGAUCAUGACGAUCGGCAGGCUUCUCCCGAGCGGCUCGAUCAUGAUGGAUUUGAUGAGGAUGCCAAGUUCGACCAACCUAUCGGAACCCCACAUGGAUAUAGAUGUCGAUCGGCCAGUGGAGGAAGACACAUUGGAGAUGUUGCCAAUAGCAUCAACAUCCGAACAGAUUAAAGAGACAAUUAAUCAGGUGCCACGUUCAGUGACGGCUCCUACCCUAUCACAGCCCACGACUAAUAAUCGAAACCCCCUAGAAAGAGUUUCACCUCCA